AUGCAAAGAAAGCAAGAGCUUCUAUCGCGCGAUGAAUUCAAUUUCUUUUCUUCCUCCUUCCGCUUACACCUUAUUCUUCUCUACAAUUGCUAAAUAAUUAGAUAAAUAUUGGUGUUCGCCAACCUUCCGAUUCCAAUUGCCUUUCUAAUUGAUAUCAUACCAAGGUAGUUUUCUUUUGUUUACUAAUUCUUCGAGUCCUACCUUUCCGACCUAUCUCAACCACCCCUUGUGUGGAACCAAAUAACCCACCACCAAAGCUGGGCAUCUCCAAGACCAAGACCAAGACCAAGACUGCCCAAGAGCGCGCGCAAACCGCCGCCUUGGCAUCCACCGUUGUCGUCUCCUUCGGACCUCCGAGUCGCAGCCAAGAUAUUAAUAACUACAAUACGAACAGGACGAUCGCGCCUACUCCGCCUAGCAUUUCGGGCGUAGUAAGGUAACGAACGGGCCGACAGGAAUUGCCGCCUUUGACAUCAUCUAAAAUUCCUGUUACGCGCCAUGUCUGCUUCCAUUGAAGGAGAGGCCAAUUCCGCGCUCCGUGGCCAAGACCGGCCGUCGCAACCAGGGCCUGCUCACGAUGUAAAUAAUGAGAAAAUCAGCCAGCCGAUCCCCGAUGGCCACGAACCAAUUCACCAAAACGAAGAGCAUACACCCCCCAAUGACACCAAUGAGAAGCAAGCUGGCCCAAUUGUUCGUCGCAGCACUCUGAAGGAGAAAUUCAAACAGCAGAAAAAGAAGAUCAAGGCCGUAGCUAAGCCUCCAGGAGGUUAUGACUCAACACCGAUCCCUGAUGCCCCUCCAGGAUUCACGGUGAAAUUCAUAUUUCACAAAGCUGAAAAUCUACCUGUUGCCGACAUAAGCACUGGCACGUCAGAUCCGUACCUGACUGCCACUAUAACAACUCCGCUACCGAAACGACAUAAAGAAGACCCAGACCUCGUUUACCGUACUCGCACGAUUAGGAAGUCUCUAGAACCUCAAUGGGAACAAGAGUGGGUUGUCGCCAAUGUCCCGGCAUCCGGGUUCAAGCUCAAGUGUCGUCUAUAUGACGAAGACUGGCCGGAUCACGACGACAGGCUUGGGCAUGUGUCCAUCCAGGUUUAUCAUGUCGGCGAAGACUGGGCAGGCUUUCAAGCUCCCGACAACGAAUUUGAGGUGAAGAAGCGUAGCGGUAGUAAGCGUGCGUAUAUCCUCAAGGCUUGUGAAACUGCCUUUAUCAAGGAUAAAUCCAUGACCCCGAGGCUGUUUGUGAGCAUUAUUGUGCUAGGCAAAUCAGACCCGCCUUAUGGUCAGAUGUACACGGUUGGUCCGACCUACUACUUCAAACACUUCUCGCCCAUGAUUGGUCGGAUGAUAGGCGCGAAGGUCAACAGGGACGAGGCCGACGACCCAAGCAGCCAGGAUGCAGAUGGGGCUACGUCUACACCUCACACCAAUGGCAAACAACCGGAGAAGAAGGCCCAAAAGUACGAUUUCCAGGCCAACGAGUUCCAAUUAGCUGGACCAGUACCACCGAAAAUGUACCAUAGGUUUGUUGAAUUUCGGCCCAUCAUUGGCCUCUUAUUUAGAGGUCGUGGACUGCGGGGCAGAAUCUUGAACAAAGCUCUCCAUCAUCAACACAGGCGAAUAUACAACUUUGACAGGCACACCCUUUGGGGCACAUUCGACGCAUGCUCCGAAGAUGCCGCUACUCAAUUUUUGAAGAUGGCACAUUACGGAGAGGGUGGGCAGAUAUUCACAUAUAUCAUCACUCUGGAUGGAAUGAUGAGAUGGACGGCUACUGGAAAAGAAAUUGGAUUGGAUUUGCUCUCGAAACAUACGCUUCAUUCCGAUGCUGCGGCCUAUAUCGCUUGCUCGGGAGAAUUCUUCCUUAGGAGGGUUAAAAGACCGGAAUCAACUCAGGAUGGUGAAGUUGAAGAACAUUCCCCCAAAAAGCUACCUGUGGGUAAACCGGAGGAUUAUCAACUAAUAAUUGAUAAUGAUAGCGGCACUUAUCGGCCUGAUAAAUCAGUGCUGCCCGAUUUGCACAGCUUGCUGGAGCGUAACUUGCCUGGUCUAAACAUUUUGACGCUAGCCUGCGAUGAUCCGGAAGACCAGAGACUCAAGAAGGAGCAGACUAAGCUCAAGAAGGAAGGGCGCAUCAUCAUGGUGAUGAAUCGCAGCCCGAGCCAAACCUCGUUCAGUUCCUCUGACAUUAGCGACCUUGACGAGAUGGAGCGAGCUGGAGACGCAGGUCACAAGAGUAAAAAAGAACGAGCAUAUGCUCUUCUUGAGGAUCCGAGACGAAUAAGAGGCGGGGUAGUAGAUGGGCCGAGUGGAAGUGCUGCGGCGACCCACGCCACCUAACAAGUCGAUCGCUAUGUGUCUUGAAAUUUCUUGAAUGUUGUUUUUAUGGGCUUCUGCAAGAGGUGAUUCGCCCUUUUGGAUGCGACGGGCGGCCGGGCUGUUUUUUGAUCAUGAACAAAUCUCACUGGAGCUUCUUUCAUGAUGAUCUUUAUUGAUUCCCCAAUUGUAUUUGCUUCUUCAGAUGGAACGCGUCUCGCGACGCGGUGGAUAUCGUCUUACUAUACCUCAGUGACUUUCUUUUAUAAUGAUAGUAAAAUAAUCUAAGCUUAAACCAGUGCGAAUUUUUGGGUCAGCAAGCUACCUAUACUUCCAUAACUUUCGAUCU